CCCAAGGCCCCAAAAUACUUUCUUAGCAAAGAAGCCGAACCUUGCCCAUAAGAGAAGAUAACGAUAAUCCGAUUCGAAAGCGCAGAGCGAAUUCCUAUCGUCGUCCAGUUCAAAUGCUUGUGAAGCUUCAACUUUUGGGUUUCACUUUCACCAACACACUCGAAACCUCUCUCUCCAUUCCCAACACAACCAGCCACGCAUUGCCUCUGCCUCAUUCUCCCAAUGAACAUCGACCAAAGAAGCUCAAUUUGGAGAAAAACAAGGUGCACUCCACGUGUUCGACGAAAUGGGUCUCUCACUGUGGAAGCAUUCCCGCAGUUCUGCGCGCUCUCAACACCACUCACGAUUUGGAUAACGCUCUCAGACAAUGGGAAGAGGGGACUCUCUCCGACAGGGAAAUCAGUGUCAUUCUGAAGGCCCAGGUCUCUUGGCAGAGGGCUCUGCAAAUUUUCGAGUGGUUCAAGAACAAGGGUCGUUACGACUUGAACGUCAUUCACUACAACAUAAUGCUUUGCACCCUCGGCAGAGCACGCAAGUGGGACCUCGUGGAGAGUUUGUGGACCGAAAUGAAUGCGAAAGGGGUUGCCCCUGUGAAUUCCACUUAUGGGACCUUGAUUGAUGCUUAUAGCAAAGGUGGACUCAAAGAGGAAGCACUUGCUUGGCUUCAGAGGAUGCAGAGUCAAGGAAUGGAGCCUGAUGAGGUCACCAUGGGGAUUGUUGUUCUCUUGUACAAGAGGGCCGGAGAGUUUCAAAAAGCUCAAGAGUUUUUCAGGAGAUGGAUGAGAGGUGCACCUUUUAGAUUAGGUGUGGAUGAUAAAGUAGUAUCACAUACCAAUGUUUGUUUAAGCUCUCAUACAUAUGCUACCUUGAUUGACACGUAUGGGAAGGGUGGUCAAUUUCACGCAGCAUGUGAAACUUUUGCUAGGAUCAUCAGACAAGGCAGAGCCCUGAAUACGGUUACACUCAAUACAAUGAUUCACUUGUAUGGAAACUGUGGACGGUUACGACAAGCUUGUUUGCUGUUCCAGAAAAUGGGAGAGUUUCGGUGUGUACCCGACACUUGGACGUAUAACAUCCUCAUUUCUCUUAAUAUUAAGAAUAAUAAGGUCAAAUUGGCAGCUAAAUAUUUUGCAAGGAUGAAAAAGGCCUUCCUUGAGCCAGACGUUGUGAGUUACCGUACCCUCUUGUAUGCAUACUCGACUAGGAAAAUGGUUCGAGAAGCAGAAGAGCUCAUACGGGAGAUGGACGAAAGGGAUCUUGAGAUUGAUGAAUUCACCCAAUCUGCGUUGACUAGAAUGUAUGUAGAAUCAGGUAUGCUUGAGCAGUCGUGGUUGUGGUUCAGGAGGUUUCACCUAGCUGGAAAUAUCAGUUCUGAUUGUUAUUCUGCCAAUAUUGAUGCAUAUGGAGAGUGGGGGUAUACUUUAGCAGCCGAGAAAGUCUUUAUUUGCUGCAAAGAAAAGAAGAAGCUCACUGUCCUUGAGUUUAAUGUGAUGAUUAAGGCUUAUGGGAUAGGAAAAUGCUAUGAUAAAGCAUGUCAAUUGUUUGAUAGUAUGAAAAAAAUUGGUGUUGUUGCAGACAAAUGUAGCUACAGUUCUCUCAUUCAUAUUUUGGCCAGUGCUGACAAGCCACACAUUGCCAAAUCUUAUCUUAAAAAAAUGCAGGAGGCAGGACUUGUGAGUGACUGUGUCCCAUACUGUGUUGUGAUAUCAAGCUUCACAAAGUUAGGCCAAUUUGAAAUGGCAGAAGAAUUAUACAAGGAAAUGCUUGGAUAUGCCGUCCAGCCUGAUGUCAUUAUUUAUGGUGUUUUUAUCAAUGCUUUUGCUGAUGCUGGAAGCGUUAAAGAAGCCAUCAAUUAUGUUAACGAAAUGAGAAAGGCAGGACUGCCAGGGAAUCCAGCUAUAUAUAACUCUUUGAUAAAGUUGUAUACUAAAGUAGGCUACCUGAAAGAAGCACAAGAAACAUACAAGUUGAUUCAAUUAUCAGAUGAAGGUCCUUCUUUAUUUUCCUCUAAUUGUAUGAUUGAUCUUUAUACUGAGCGACUUAUGGUUGAACAAGCAAAAGAGAUAUUUGAGAGCUUGAUGAAGAAUGAAGUUGCAAAUGAGUUUUCAUAUGCAAUGAUGCUAUGCAUGUAUAAGAAAAUUGGAAGAUUGGACGAAGCCAUUCAAAUUGCAACACAGAUGAGAAGACUAGGAUUCUUGACUGAUAUAUUGAGUUAUAAUAAUGUGCUUGGCUUGUAUUCUAUGGAUAGGAGGCUAAGGGAAGCUACAGAGACAUUCAAGGAAAUGAUAAAAUCUGGUGUUCAACCAGAUGAUUUUACAUUCAGAGCUCUUGCAAACAUUUUACUGAAUUGUGGAGUUUCAAAGCAGGCUGUUGGCAGGCUAGAAGUAAUGGUGAAAAGGGAUGCUCCUCAUGGUUUGCAAGCAUGGAUGUUGGCACUCUCAUGUGCAUUUGAAGGAGUUCAUUAUACAAACGAGUAGAUGUGGUUAAUUAUGGUUGGAGCCUACAUAAGGUAUAAAAGCAUGAUUGGAGGCUUACCUAGUCUGGCUUUCCUCUGGAGCUGGUUGUUUGCCUUUUUAUUGGCUACAUGGCUGAGGCCUGAGGCUAUGGUUGGAGCAUUUCAAUCACAGUAUUUAGAAUUACUACUGGAUUCUGGAAUGGGAACAAGUUUUAUCCUUGAAGAUCAGUAAUGGGAAUUGGAUUGUUGAAACCUCUUUGGAACUACAUGAACUGCUUUCUCCUCUUUUUCUUCAUUUCAAGGACUAAAGUAAUUUAGUAUAUACCAGGAAUGAGGAUAGAAGGAAAAGUUUUUUUUUCUGGGCAGAAAUUGGUCCUGUAUGCUACAUUCUUUGGUGUAUGGAGAAGAUAUGGUUUGACAGUAGAGGAUUUUAAUCUUGCACACCGCAUUGUUCAGCCCAUUUUUAGGACUCAAAGCAGCCAUGUACUAUAUGGAUUCCCUGAAUCUGACAGUUGUUGAUCAUAUACAUUUGGCCAAGUCUAAGCUUUACAUUUUCUUUCCAAUAAAAACAUGGAGGAAAAGUUAUUUGUUGCUGGCAGAUCUAAUGGAAAGCCAUACAAAGCUAUCAGAGAAGUAUAAUUGCAUCCGCAUUUGAUUUUUUCCAAUUGUAAAAUUUCAGUCAUUCUUUUUGAGUAAAUUGUGAAGACCAAGUUUCAAUAAAAUUAGAAUGACCUCUCCUUUGUUUUGAAAAUUUCCAUUUUUUAUUUACAUGCAUAGCAUAAUUGCAUAAACCCUCUCACAUCCUUUUUUCUGAAUUAUGCAGAACUCCCUUAUUAUAUCAUAAAGUUCCUUCUGAGUUCUGAUAUAUUUCUUUCUUGAACAAAAUUAUCAUGUAAAUUGUGUUGUAACAAAUUAUGUGGUGUUUUUUAUGCAUGAUUUUUCUUUUAUCCAUAUUAGUUAAAAUAAUUAACUGAUUAAACUGUUAUAUGCUCAUUUUCCUUCAAAAUUUGUUUGGAAGCAACAUGAAAGGGUGUGGUGUCUUAGGAAAAGGAGCACCACAGUUGGAAGAUUGCAAUUUAUUCUUCUGGGAAGUGGAGAGUUGUACUAUUUGAGAAUUUUACUAAAUUACUCAAAGGGGCCACAAUCAUAUUCUUGCAUAAGAACAAUUAGUAAUGUUCUUUAUACUACCUUUAAAGAUGUUUGUUAUGCACUAGGCCUGUUAUGAUAUAUGAUUGAGAAUAUGUUGAUGCCAUUAUUGAGGCAAGUCAUUGGGGCUCACGAAGAUAUUUGAGAACAUUACCUUACUUUUGUCAAAUCAAUUAUCUAGACUAGAAUUUGUUUGGCAAAAGACUUAUAUGUAUUUAAAUCAUGACAUUCAACACAGACAAAGACUUGUUCUUCAGAAUAA